AUGGAGAAGCCGAACUACCAAUUGUACCGUAACACGACACUCGGCCAAGCACUUCAGAAGACGUUGGACGACUUUGUGAGUGAACAGAUUAUACCGGAUAGUCUGUCGAAAAAAGUGAUGGAUUCAUUCGACAAAUCAAUCAAUCGAAUUCUGCCGAUGAAGGCGAAGAAUAAGGUGAAUUUCCGUGCCGAGAAACUCCGAGCGUACCGAUAUUGUGACAACGUGUGGACAUUCAUAGUGGAACAAGUCGAUCUGAAAGAGGCAAUCGAUCCGAAUGGACCAGUCAAUCGGCUGAAAAUUGUCGCCUGUGAUGGACAGACGAAGGGACAAAUCGGAGGGGCGGGGCAUGCUUAG